UGUGAGGAUUCUCACACGUCCACGGCCACAGAAGAAGAGAGAGUGCCCAGAUGUGUGAGGAAGAAGUGAAGCUGCUGGGUGCAUGGGGGAGCCCGUUUAGCUGGCGGGUGGAGGUGGCUCUCAAAAUGAAAGGAGUCGAGUACGAGUAUUUUGACGAGGACUUGAUGAACCGCCCCAAAAGCUCUUUGCUUCUCGAGUACAACCCGGUCCAUAAGAAGAUACCCGUGCUCGUCCACAAUGGCAAGUCCAUUGCUGAGUCGCUGGUGAUUCUCGAGUACAUCGAUGAGAUUUGGAAUGACCGCCCUGUGAUCUUGUUGCCUCAAGAUCCGCGCGACCGAGCCAUCGCACGUUUCUGGGCCAAGUUCAUCGAUGACAACUGCGUUCCAGCUCUAUGGCGAUCUUGUCGGCGCGAGGGUAUUGAACGAGAAAACGCAUUCGAGGAAGCAUAUGCCCUCCUAAAUGUGCUUGAAGCCGAGCUCAAGGACAAGCAGAAGAGGUUCUUCGGAGGAGACACCAUCGGGUUCGUGGAUAUCACAGGCAACUUCAUCGGCUACUGGAUUGGAGUGAUCCAAGAAGUGGCCGGGGUCCGUCUGCUGACCCCGGAAAAGUUCCCCCUGCUAUGCAAGUGGUGCUGCGAGUUCCAAAACUUCCCCAUCUUCAAGGAAAAUUUGCCUCCGAGAGAGCAACUCUUCGCCUUCUUCAAGGCUCGCUUCGAGAGGAAGAGGAAGACUCUCCGUGGCGGCUUGAUGACAUUACGGUAAGUACCAUUACGGGAAGCGGGGACGAUUUCGGACUUUCUUUCGGCUUAUGUAUUCAUGAGCCAAGAAAGAAGGACCGAAAUGGUGUUGCUGGUCCCCUUUGGAUUGUCAUUGUUAUGGUUUUCAAGUCUGGUUGAGGUGAGAUUGAGUGGUUUAUGAGGGCAUAUUAUGGCCUGGGGUGAUGGAGUCAUAUCUAGAUGUGACUUAGAUGUGACGGUGUCUCUAUCUCCUUCGAAUAAGAAUGAAACUAUCAGAUACCUCUUUUGUUAUUUAUAUUAUCGUGCUAGCCUCGAGAGAUUUUGCGGGGAGCAGCACAAUGAAAUACGUUUAGGUCAAGAUAACAAAUAGGCCUCAUGCU